AGAGAGCUGCUAUAAGGACUACAUUGCCCAGGGUUGGAUGGUAAAGUGCUCCUAUCGACUAUAGAAAGCCCCAGUUCGAGUCGAGCAAUUCAAAGGAUCGCAUAUCCUUUUCCGGUGCCUGUGUUAAACGUUCAACCGUUUUUUUCUUUUCUAUACUAUUUCUGCAUGUAAAAAAAAAACAAGAUAUACAUACUAUAUACAUCAGGACAUUGAGAAAUUUUUUAAACGUGCAAAAAAGGAUACAAAUAGUCGCAUAUUAAGAAAAACGAGAAGAUUUAAUGACUUAGAAAAAAAGGAUCGAUCCCAUAAAUAAAAAUCAAAAGAAAACUUUUUCUUUUUUUUCUUUAAUUUAAUCCUUAAAAUCCUUCUUUUGGAUCCUUAAAAAUUUUUUAUUAUCAAUGUGCUAAACAUUUUUUAACAACCCAAAAGGAUACUUUGUGUAUAUAAAUAUUCCUCACACCAUUAUUUUCAUCAGCCAUAUUACCAAACCAACCAUCAUCAUCCAGCAACCAGUGAAGUUCAAAAAAUGAGAAAAAAGUGAAAUCAUUUUUCUCGCUGGAUAUCAUUAGCCUUGAUGUGAUGAUGGAGGUGUCUGGGGAUGCAUGUUAAUUUAACAUCUGACACAUACAAUCAAGCUCUCAAAAGGUUUCCAUCAAAAAUUUUUUUUUUAAAACAAAGGACAUGGAAAAUUCAUUUCACUGAUGCCGCACCUGCAGAAAGACUACACAGUAAUUAAAGAUUACUUUGCCAAAAGAGGACACAAAGCAACAGGACGACAACAACGACAAGACAAAAAAAUAACUGAAAAAUGAGCUAAGGCAGCAAAUAGUACUGUUUGUUCUUAAAAUAUACAUUCAUAUAGUAUACCCAACAGUGAGUGAGUUAAUCCUUUACAACACGGUGAAAGGAGGUUUCAGUGUCAUUAGCAACGAAACCUAUUAUCCUUUUUGCAAAAUAAAAAAAAAAAAAUCAUUGUAAAACAUGGUCUUCACUCUGGUAUAUUUCAAAUUGUAAAUACAAAAAUAAAGAAUAGAUACAAUAGUGUGUGAAUAAUAGAGUGAAGUUGGUGUUGAUUUUAAGUGAAAAUAGAAAAAAGAAAAUAAUAAAAAAAAUAUUACGUUAACGCCAUAGUGUACCAAAUAAAAAUAUAAAUAUCAACUUGGUGGUUUUUGUUAUUUUAGAACCAAACAAAAAAAAAAAAAAUACAUAAACAAGUGAAGCAGAAAGUUCCGAGUUCGAAAGGCAAACAUCGUCAUCCUUGAAAUUCCUGAUUGGCAACAGAUUUAAAAAAAUCCAAGUACUGUGCAACUCAAGGUACGAUACCUUGCCUCCCACCCACAUCAAAUCACUUUCAGAAAUCCAUUUGGCCUUAAAAUAUUUUGGUUUACAAGACCAUAAAAACCACACAUAUAGAAGAUCUUCAAGCUUGAAAAUCUACCAACUCGAAGCAUUUUAGUCAUUUCUUGCUAGAACCAUAAUUUAACCACAGGACUGUUGAGGACAAGAAGAAAUUUUUUAAAUCUACCAACCUACUAAACAAAUAACCAAAUGCAUACAACCACACUGACAAAUGCAAAUCAUUGCAUAUAUAAAUGUGCAUUAGAAAAGCAACCCAUGGCAGUGAUGGUGACAAACCCCAAUGUGAAGAGACUACGUUCAUAAAGUAAUUUGAAUAAAUUUCCCAACAAGGACCUUAGUCUGAAGAAUAAAAAUACCCACUUCAUAGUUGGAUAGAGAUCUAAGCAAAAACACACACACACAUAAACAUACUAAAGGAGAAAAAAUAGGACAUGGUCUUUAUUUCCGUGGAAAGAAUGACUCUUGUACACAUAUAUUUUUUUUCAAAAAAAAUGAACUCUACAAAAGGAAUAAAAGUGGCAUAAGCUUUGACACAGAGUAACGGUUGCUGAGCAAAAAGGACAUUCAGACAGCUCGGCCUUUGCGUUGGCCAUUUAAUUUGUGAUGAUGAUGACAGCCAUGUGAUGGAUAGUUGUGCUCUUGCUGCGCUUUACCGCAAAUAGAAUUGUGUUUUUUUUUCUUUUUUUGUUUAAAUGAAUCGAAACUCCCAUUCGGUUGCAUAACAUUUGCAUCACACACGUGCAUCGUGAUCCCUGCUCAGUGGAAACCGAGUGCCAAUUUGAAUAUAUUACACCUACUACUGGAUUUGUUAGGAUUGCGUAGAGAGUGAAUACUUGAUUUUUCAACGUCCUGUCUAGUGUGAGUGAGGAGAAGAAAAAUUCACAGUCAACAUGUUGCCGACAAACGUGAUGUCAUUUAUGAAGAAGAUGGUUGCACAGGACGAAGCACAAACACAAAAUGCUCCUGACACAGGAGGAACUUUUGGGAAAUUAAAACAAACUUUAUCGUCAUCCCUGCUAACUGCACAAGACAAAGUAAAUAAAAUGUCACCUCGUCCAUCACUAGUGCCAAUGGACACAGAUGCCUUGAGCUCAUUUCAAGAAUCAACUAGUGGGAGUCCUUCGCAACAGCAACAACAACAAUCGACAAAUCAACUCAAUAACAAUAACAACAAUAAUAACAUCAACAAAGCGGAGCCGGGCAAGCCGCCAAGUCGUGCUGGUGCGUGCCGCGUCUGUUUGAAGUCCUUUAAGCCGGAAGACUACAGCAAAACAUGCUACGAGUGCCAACAACGAGUCUGUGAGGAUUGUGCCAGUUACAGUAAGCUGGACGAGAGUGAGGAUCCGAACAUGUGGCGCUGCAGUGUUUGUCGUCGAAAAAUGGCAUCACGAGUAUGCAUACCACAGGAUUCAACGGAUUCAAUGCUAGACGUUCCCGUUCUAGAAGCACUUCAACGACGGCAUUCCGAUGCGAAAUUAGGUUCGAGUACACAAACAUUGGCACCGAGUAAUGGCGCCGCCCUCGCACCACCACGUAGUCCGGAAUUGCGAAGGCAUUCCGAUGUUUCACCAGCAUCGUUAAAAGAAUUGGAAAAGCUCAAAGGUGCCAAAACUCCUGGUGGAGAUGGGGAUUGGCGAAAGGGUGGUCGGAGUGUAGCGCCGAGCCGAUCGUCAAGUCCUCCACGACAAGGUGACAUGGAAGUGGCUCUUGGGCCACCUAUGACUCGAAUGGCAUCGAGGAGAGGUUCCCGUAUCGCAAGGCAACAUAGUUAUGACGAUGAUAUGAAAGACGGUCUGGGCGGUAGUGCUGGUGGCUUAGCUGGGGCUGGAGCUGCCGACUUGGGACUUGGUCUACCUGCUUCCAUGCCACGAAGAAAAUCAGCCUAUGACGUAUUUGCUCCUGGAAUUCUCCAAGCAGCUGCUCAAUCAGCCCUCGCCAGAUCUCCAGCGGAGGGUGUAGUUCCACACAUCCCUCAACCAGGAUCAAGACGACCAUCUUUCCGAGUGCCACAUCCAUCUGAAAUGGAUAUACCAACAAAUGACGAUUCACCCGGCAGCCCAGAUAAGGGCUCUCCAACACUAGGAAUUGAUGAUGACAGACGAAUGCGACGAAGGGGAUCCCAAUUACCGGAUUUGGCAGCGUUACGUGACCGUGGCGCCCUUCCACCAAGUCUGGCAGCUGCUAUUCCACCGCCAAUGGCAUCAUUUACUGGACCAAACCUUGAAGACCUGGAAGCACCACGAAGGCAAACAUCGAUGGACGGAGAGGCAAUUAAGAUUGUUAUUCAUGAUGUGGACUCGGGACCAAUAUGCUCAUCGAAGCGACGCAUUGUCCUCCGCAAGGAUCCCACAGACAAGGCACAUAGAACGCGGGGCUUUGGAAUGCGAGUUGUUGGUGGCAAGACUGGUGCUGAUGGAAGACUCUUUGCUUACAUUGUUUGGACAGUGCCUGGAGGACCUGCUGAAAAGAAUGGAUUACAACAGGGUGAUAAGAUACUUGAAUGGAACAGCAUGUCGCUCAUCGAUCGCAGCUUUGAAGAGGUUUGCUCUAUAAUGGACCGCACUGGAGACAUUGUCGAAUUACUGGUUGAGCAUGCAACAGACUUCCGUAUGUGUGAUCUUUUUGAUGAAAAUCUGCCGCCAGGCAACAGUGGUGGCCAUCAGAGUGGACCACGUAAAUCUGGUGAUGGACCCAUUGGUUUGGGUCUUGUUGCAGACCCUGAAACUACUGACAAAUCACCGGCAUCGCCAACAAGACGGAAACUACCCAAAACUCCGGAACAAAUUGCCCGUGAGAAGCAGGUUAGUGGUCGGGUACAGCUUCAGGUGUGGUAUCAUGCUGAACGAACAGAACUUGUGGUUUCUUUAAUGGCAGCCGAUGAUCUAGCACUUAGAGAUGAAGCAUACGGGCACGGAGUUCUUCCAGAAGCUUAUGCCAAAGUUAGGAUUCUACCAAAGACUGGAGAUGGUUGUGUCCAACAAACAGAAGUUAGUCGACCAUCACAAAAUCCCAUUUGGAAUGCAACACUCACUUUUGGUCAUGUCAAGGCUGAGAAUCUUAUGGAUCGUUAUGUUGAAAUACAACUAUGGGACUUGGUCCCUCACACAGAGUCUAUUUUUUUAGGCGAAUGUAAUAUUGAAAUGCAACAAGCCUUCCUUGAAGACCGAGCUUUAUGGUGUCGAUUAGACGAUCCAAAGGGCUUGAGAGGUAUAAGUAUGUCAAAGUCUCCUAGUGUUUCACCUCGCGGAUCAAUUGCUGGGGGGAAUUUGUCGGGAUUAAUUCGCCGUGAUUACAAUAUUCAGCGUUCCAUGUCCGAUGACGUUGAUUCUAUUGGCGAUGGAACUUCCCUGCUACAUCCUGAUCAUGCAUGGGUUGCUGGAUCACGACGUGGUUCAUCACAAUCAGAAACCUUAGAAGUUGAGGUCUAUCAAUUGGGAAAAGAUUUCUCAAGAUCUUUGCCUGGUUCUCGAAGAUCAUCAUUCCAAGAUCGUGAGAAUAAGGAAGAGGAGAUGGUUCCACCUUCACCAUCGUACAUGACCGGAAGACGAAGAUCAUCGGUAGCUCGACGAGAUCCGGAUGAGAUAUUAAAAUCCCUCAAAGCUGUUAGGGGUGAACUUGGCAGAGCUAUGAGUUUGAAUACUGAACCACCAAAGCGAAUUGGCUCUAGACGAGCAAGCCGAACUAGAAAGGACAGCGUCAUGGAAAUUCCUGAGAUUUUACCCAUCGGCAUUGGUACAAAUGCAACAAGUCCCCCAUCGGAUGAUGAAAGUAAAAAGAUAACAGUACCCCGUUGGAAGGGUUCGGGUGGUUUCACACCUAUACGCAAACAAUCAGUAUCCAUACUUAAACCAGCAUCGUCUGUUUCGAAUGUAAAUAAAAUUGGUCCAGAAAAGACGUCAAUACUGACGUCAGCUGCAAUCAGUCAAUCGGAUCCCUAUGUUAAACUUGGACCUGGCCAAAUACAUCCUAAGGGAUAUCGAUUGACGGCAGGCAGGUAUGGUGAAUUGAAGAUGGGAUUUUUGAAAAUAAAAGGAACUGUUGAAGUUGAGGUAAUUUGUGCCAGAAAUAUUGUACCAGUUGAUUGUGAAACUCCACCAGAUACUUAUGUUAAGUGCUACAUCAAAGACGGUGACAGAUUGCGACAUAAGAAGAAGACUCGAGUAGUUCGACAUUCUGCUGAGCCAAUUUAUAAACAAACAAUUAAAUAUCAGAGUUCUGAUGUUUUUGGUCGAAACAUUGUCAUAAUGGUAUGGCAACGUUGUGUCGGUUUUGAGCACAAUCAAGGACUCGGUGGCACAGAAGUUAAUUUGGAUAAAAUAAAUUUACAACAACAUAUUGGCGGAUGGUAUCCACUAUUUCCAAUGCAUUCAUUUGGUAAUUCUGAUUCGGAUAAUUCUCCUUGACCGAUCACGGAUGCAUCGCUCAAAAUUUCAUCGAAUUAUAUGGAAUCUUAUAAUAAUGAAAAGCAUAAUAAACUAUUUGGCUUAAUACAUAAUGAAACAAUUAUUGUACAACAAAUUCCUGUUUAUUAAAUUAUAAAUGGAAUUAUAAUAGAAACUCUGAUUUAUGUAAUGAAAGUAAAGUAUGUAUUAAACAACCAACGUAACAAAAUUGUAAAAAAAAAAAUAUAUACCUAGUAUAAUUUUCUAUAAAACUAUUAAUGAAAGUUCAGCAUGAAGUCACUAUAAAGUUUAUGAUGUAU